CGAGCGUAGACGCGCUUCUCUAGACGCUUAGUGAGGCUCGGCCGCGCGCACGCCGGGUAUCCAGGCCGAGCCGGGAGCGCCGAAAGCAUGGCCGGCCCGGGCGCCAAGCGGCGCGCGGUGGCGGCCCCGGCUGCGGCGGAGGAGGAGAGGCAAGCGCGGGAGAAGAUGUUGGAGGCGCGGCGCGCGGACGGUGCGGACUCUGGGGUCGAAGGCGUGACCCUGCAGCGCAACAUCACACUGCUCAACGGUGUAGCCAUCAUCGUGGGCACCAUCAUCGGCUCGGGCAUCUUCGUUACACCCACGGGUGUGCUCAAGGAGGCGGGUUCGCCCGGGUUGGCGCUUGUGGUGUGGGCCGUGUGCGGUGUCUUCUCCAUCGUGGGCGCACUCUGCUACGCCGAGCUGGGCACCACCAUCUCCAAGUCGGGCGGAGACUACGCCUACAUGCUGGAGGUAUACGGCUCGCUGCCCGCCUUCCUCAAGCUCUGGAUCGAAUUGCUCAUCAUUCGGCCCUCCUCACAGUACAUCGUGGCGCUGGUCUUCGCCACGUACCUGCUUAAGCCGAUCUUCCCCACCUGUCCAGUGCCGGAGGAGGCAGCCAAGCUCGUGGCCUGCCUCUGCGUGCUGCUGCUCACAGCUGUGAACUGCUACAGCGUGAAGGCUGCUACCCGAGUACAGGAUGCCUUUGCUGCUGCCAAGCUGCUGGCCCUGGCCCUCAUCAUCCUGCUUGGCUUCAUCCAGAUGGGAAAGGGUGAUAUAUCCAACCUGUACCCCAAGUCAUCCUUUGAAGGCACCAAUUGGGAUGUGGGGAACAUCGUGUUGGCAUUGUACAGUGGCCUGUUUGCCUAUGGAGGAUGGAACUAUCUGAAUUUUGUCACAGAGGAGAUGAUCAACCCCUACAGAAACCUGCCCCUGGCCAUCAUCAUUUCCCUGCCCAUUGUCACGUUGGUUUAUGUGCUGACGAACUUGGCUUACUUCACAACCCUGUCUACCAACCAGAUGCUGAUGUCUGAAGCUGUGGCUGUGGAUUUUGGGAACUAUCACCUAGGAGUCAUGUCCUGGAUCAUUCCUGUCUUCGUGGGCUUGUCCUGCUUUGGCUCUGUCAAUGGGUCUUUGUUCACAUCCUCCAGGCUAUUCUUCGUGGGAUCCAGGGAGGGCCACCUGCCUUCUGUCCUCUCCAUGAUCCACCCACAGCUCCUGACGCCUGUGCCGUCACUGGUGUUCACAUGUGUCAUGACCCUGAUGUACGCCUUCUCCAAUGACAUCUUCUCCAUCAUCAACUUCUUCAGCUUCUUCAAUUGGCUGUGUGUGGCCCUGGCUAUCAUCGGCAUGAUGUGGCUCCGCUUCAAGAAGCCUGAGCUAGAGCGUCCCAUCAAGGUGAGCUUGGUCCUCCCAGUGUUUUUCAUCCUGGCUUGCCUCUUCCUCAUUGCCGUGUCCUUCUGGAAGACACCUAAGGAGUGUGGCAUUGGAUUUGCCAUCAUCCUAAGUGGGCUACCUGUUUACUUCUUUGGCGUCUGGUGGCAGAACAAGCCCAAGUGGCUCCUGCAGGCCAUCUUCUCUGUGACGGUGCUGUGCCAGAAGCUUAUGCAGGUGGUUCCUCAGGAGACUUAGCUGUGAUCCUGCGUGCCACACAGAGUGGCAUCUGCUUCAAGACAACUGACCUUUGGAAGAGCAGCAUCCAGGCCUAUCAUUCCCCACAGCUCCAGUGAGCACCAACUGUCCAGCAUCAUCCACUGUCCCUCCAAUGGUCAGGAGUCCACAGUGGCUGUGAAAGAACUUUGGUACGAAUUUGGUCCCAGAAGGCGACCAUCCUUUCAUGGCACUCCAUGUUGGCGCAUGCCGUGAGCUGAGGCCUGGUCUUUCUGACUUUCUGGGGACUGCCAUAUCUGGCCUUUCUCCCCUCUCUGAUUUUUGUUUGGUUUUGUUUUUGUAGCUUGCAUUUGGGUCAAGUUUACACUACCAAGAUGAUUACUUUUCAACAAAACAGGGUAGCAAGGAGCAGGAGCUCCGUAGCUAGAGCAGCCCAGCUGAGAAUAUGACGCUGCUAGCCACAGCUCUUCACCCAAGGCUGUUGUUCAGUAGCACAGUGUGCCUCAAGGGGACCACAUCACUGUCACCAGGUCAAAAGAACUACUGAGACUCAGAUGUUAUCUCUUCUACUGUGUACUUGGACUGACAGAUGGAUGACACGUAUUCUAGCUUGGGCUGUUUUGUUUUUCUGGGAUCCUAGAGAUGGAACCCCAGCCUCAUUCGUAUGAGGCACGUGCUCUACUGCUGAGUUAUUUUUUUAACGAUAUAAAUGUAGAGCUUAGAUCUCAUUGUCUUGAAGGCCUGGUGAUUCCUCUUCCCUUGGCCAUACGUGAAAGAGAGCUCUGCAGCCAUAAUCCUAACAGCAGCUGGCUGCCAUAGCUGGAAGCUAUGGGAAGAGCUGGCCCACCAUCUGUCAACUACAGGGCUGUGUGCGCUUGAGCAUCAUUCAAGGGGCUGUGCUCUAGUUCUUGCAGACACAGUCUCCCCCCUACUCCAGCUCUCUUAGAAACAAACCAGGAAGGAGGGCACAGUGACACCAGUACCAUGGGUCUCCCACCCACACAUCUCUGUUCACCUCCAUAGUUCCUGAGACUGUCGCCCUUGUCCAGAAAAAACACCCCUCCCUGCUCUCUGCCACCUGUGUGGCAGGACCACUCCAGCUUCCAGUGAAAGCUGCUGGCUACGUGCUGCUGUCCCUCCUAUGUGUGACCACCCUGCAGGGUUCCUGUUCUGUUCUGGGGGAGACAGUUGAGGUGCAGCCAGCACAUCUCACCAAGCCGCUGAUCUGCUUGGAGGGACAGCAGGAUAUAAGAAUGCCUUGCUGACUCCUACCAUUGCCUCAGAUUGUGGCCUGCCUGAAGGAGGGCAGCCACUAGAGUAACUAUGCAGCCCUUGCAUGGUGGUAACCUUACUACUGUCCCCCCUUCCCUCUAUGUUUCUGGGGUCCCCUUUCACUGGGGUGAUGAGGGAGAAGUCAGAGUGCUUCCUGAAGGCUCUCCCAGAGAUCUGAACUGAGGUCCCUGUCCUGGAAAUUAGGUCAGGAACCCAGUCCUAGCCUGGGUCCAAAGGGCAGGGACUCUUGGGCCAUGUUCAUGGUGCUGACCCUCUGAGAAGGCCCUGUUCAUUCCUAUCUCUGAUGUCCUGGGGUCUCCCACAUGUAGGUUUUUGUUUUCUUAAAGCAAGCCCUGACCACACAAUCAUUUUGUUCAGUGCUUCGCAUUUUGGUUUUGUCCUAACAUGUCACUGACCUAAA